CACGUCUGUAUCUGUACCAGGGGGGACAUUUCCCGUUCCCAGCAUUGGCACAACGCCCCUCGUUUCAGUCUGCGCACCUGCGGGGAAAGUACAGCACCCUCCCUCGCCUCAGCGCAUUUUAUGGUCUUGCCGACCAUUAUCACUGUCAUAGUCAGCGUCAUUUCGCGACAGUUCCAAGAAUCGGCUGUCAGGCGCUCGGUUAGGUUACGCUCUAAGAUUUUCGCAGCCGCCGAAAUUUAUUCCGUUACACCCCGCUACCAGCUGCUAAUUAUCAAGGCUAGGUUGUUAGCCUAGCCUAGGGUAAUAACUUGUGUGGGCUUCUGCGCGUUAUUAAUCGCAAUGGAGAGUGGAGGUCCACCAGCUAGCACGUCUCUAAGCAGCGGCCCAGUAGUUCCGAUUACCCCGUUACUAUCAGUUCCGCUACAGUUUCUCAUCACCAGAGUCAAGAGGGCUCGCGAGCAGCAGGCACUGACGGACGUGGAGCUCUGCGCGAGAUCCAUCGAUUCUCUCACUGGCCUCUAUCGCUCCCUCGCACUCACCUCUCAGGCAUGCUCACCUCGGUCUGUUCAAUGUUCAUCUGUUCAUCCCCGCUAUAGACAUUUCCCAACCACAUGGACAACUGUAACCACAUUUCCAUCUGUAACCACUCUGCAGGCACGGCUCAUUCUCACUGGCCUGGCCUCGUUCGCUCCCUCGCACUCACAUGUCAGGUCUCAUUGCCUUACACUCCCUGCCGUGCCAUGUCAUAAUCAUGUAGUUUUGGGGCAUUGUCGCAUGAAUUGCAUUAACUGGAAAGUUAUUUGCAAUUCAUGGGACAGCGCUUAAGGUUAGAGGUGGAGCGGUGUAGCACAGAAGUACUGUAGGGCCUUAUGUGACUUUCGAGGGGUUUGAGAGCUAGAGGACACGAGAUCUAGUCUCGGGGAUUUCUCAGGAGAGUCGGACAGCGAAUCGCAUUACCUACAAGCGCCGCCAGAGCAAGAAGGAACCAGGCUAGGAUGGAUGGAGCAGGGCAUCCGGAGGAUGAGGAGGCUUGUGUGCGACAGCGUGUGGAAACUAUACUAAUAACACAGGCAAGGCUCAUGCUAACUGGCCUCGAUCCCUCCCUCGCACUCACACAUCAGGUCUCAUCGUCUUACUCUCCCUGCCUUUUGAGGCGCCUCAAAAAACUCUCCCUGCUGUCCUCCUCUCCUCCUGCAUUCCAGGAAUUAGAGAGGGGGGAUGUAACGUGGAGGGCCAGGGAUGCAGCGGUUGCAACUCUUGGCAAUACCCCCCCCCCCCACACACACACACAUGUCACAUGCCACAUACCACGUGCCACAUACCACGUGGCGCAACCCCAUUUCCCUUCCCCCACAUCCGACUUGCAUUCGCUGCCAUGCGUUUUGCCACGUUUGCUGAACUGCAGCACUUGAAGAGAGCAUGGGAUGCCACGUGGAGGGCCAGAGAUGCACAGGUGGCAACUCUCCUUCCUCUCAUUGGUUGGUCUUCAACGUGAUCCUACUCCUGCGUCCUCAUGGCCAGCACAUGUCAGUUUGCAGUGCAGCUCGCCAUAAGCUUCUGGAGCAUCUCGAUAUGCAGCUGCAGCAGUGUAUGAGUCUUGCUCGAGUGCUGAGUGCAGCAGCAGAAGAGAACAUGUGCGUUGCUCAGGAGCUAUUAGCUGAGGCAGGAGCAGAGGCAGAAGGUGCUAUGGCAGAGGGUUCUGGUGAAGGAACAGCAGGACGUGCAGAGGCUACAGGCGCAAAAGACGGUGCAGCAGCACCAGCAGCAGCAGCAACACCAGCAGCAGCAGCAGCAGCAGCAGCAGCAGACCCGGUGGUUCUACGGCUGGCACGAGAGCGGGAGCUGAUGCCUUUAUCAGAGUUUAUCGAUGAUCUCGUAAGGCCCAGUGGUAACCCCCGCCCUACUGAAUCAACACCUGCUGAGGCAGAAACCAACAGAAGGGGGCACUCUGAAGUAAGUCAAGCUGAAACAAGACCCUUCGAGCCUGCAGAGAUAGAUCCUCCUGAAGCAAGACCUCUUGGGCCUACUGAGUCAAGACCUGCUGAGGCAGAACCUAACGGAAGAGGCCCAUCGGAAGUAAGACAAGCUGAAGCAAGACCCGUAGAGCCUGCUGCGGCGACUGCUGCUGCUGCUGCUGCUCCUGCUGCUCCUGCUGCUCCUGCUGCUGGGUUUGAAAGGGCAGCCACAGUAACUGCUGCUGUGGUGAGGGAUGGGGGUGCGGCAACAGCAUUCCACCUGGCUGGCGUUGAUCAACGUGCAACAGAGAGUGGAGCACUUUGUACAGCUGCAACUGGAGCAAACUUUGCAGCACCGCCACUACAGGCACCCCCCGUAGGAGCUCCACUGUAUUCGGAUCGCUUAGCACCAUUCCACCUGGCUGGCGUUGAUCAGAGUGCAACAGAGAUUGCAGCAAAAACUGCAGCAGCAGGUGCAGCAAACACUGCAGCAGCAACCGCAGCAGCAACCGAAGAAGCAGCCGCAGCAGAGCUUGCAGGUAGGAAGCGAAAGAGGCAGCCAGGUGAUCGCUUGGACAGAGGAGACGCCCCGAGGAGAGGCUCUUUGAAUCAGAGCGUUUCGGUGGAACAUCUGGGCUCAGGGGAGAAUAUUCUAGAGGAGUGGAGAGGGUUGGCAGUAAGAGGCUUUCUAAGGCCGAAUGAGUUGCCAGGGAGGGGGGAAAGUGGAGUGAAGGAUAGGGACCGGCGACAAGAGAGGGGCUUACAGGAUGGGGCAGAGGAGAGCGAGGGAGUGGAGGAUAGGGGAGAGGGGCGAGAGGCGAGGGGCUUGCAGUUUCCUCCUCGUCAGAGGCUUGGCCUGUCUCUCCCCCAUGGGACUGCUUCUCUUGGUGUGCGCCUGUCUCUGCUCUCUGUCCCUGUCCUGGCUUCCGAUCUUACUUCGUCUAAUCAGUUUUUUCCUGACCGUGCUACACCUUAUCAUGCUAUGCCGGAUCAAGUUACACCUGACCGUGUUACACCCGAUCGAGUUAUGCCUGACCGUGUUACACCCGAUCGAGUUAUGCCUGACCGUGUUACACCUAACCGUGUUACGCCUAAUUGUGUUACACCUAACCGUGUUACGCCUAAUCGUGUUACACCUGAUGGGAGGGUGGCUGAGGCAAGGCAGGGUUGGGAGCAGCAGGAGGAGCAGCAGCAAGAGGAGCAACAGCAGGAGGAGCAGCAGCAACAGAAAAAGCGACAGGAGCAGCAGGAGCAGCAGGAGCAGCAGGAGCAGCAGGAGCAGCAGGAGGAGGAGCAGCAGGAGGAGCAGCAGGAGGAGCAGCAGGAGGAGCAGCAGGAGGAGCAGCAGGAGGAGCAGCAGGAGGAGCAGCUGGAGGAGCAGCAGGAGGAGCAGCAGGAGGAGCAGCAGGAGGAGCAGGAACAAGAGGAGCAACAGCAGGAAGAGCACCAACAGGAGCAGCAGCAGCAGGAGGAGGAGCAGGAGGAGGAGGAGCGGCAGCAGGAGAAGAUGCAGCAGCAGGAGGAGCAGGAGGAGGAGGAGCAGCCGAAGCAGCAGGAGGAGGAGCAGCAACAGCAGAUGCAGCAGCAGGUGGAGAUGCAGAGGCAGCAGGAGCUUCAAGAGCGGCAGCAGCAGCAGGAGGGGGAGGUGGCCGAGAGACAAGAGCAGCGGCCACAGGAGGAGAAGGAAGAGGAGGAAGAGGGACGGCAGCAGCUGGAGGAAACUGGAAGCUGUGUGGAUAAGGAAACGAGAGGGGAGAGCGACAUGGAUAGAGAGCACGGAGGGGAGAAGCGAGAGCCAGAGGAGAGGAAGAGGAGACGUGUGGAGGUUUUUGGGUCCGGUGGAGAUGGGGAGGGUGAUGGUGGUGGGCAUGGGACGCCAGCAAAGCAGCUAAGGCUUGGCGAGAGUGUCGAGGGUAAUGUGGCAGGGAUUGAUGCUGCAGCUGACACUGCUGCUGCUGCUGCUGACACUGCUGCUGCUGCUGCUGCAGACGUGGAGGGAGGUGGGGCUGCAGCUGGUGCUGCCACUGCUGCAACUGGUGCAACUGGUGCAACUGGUGCUGCCACGGCUGCAACUGGUGCUGCCACUGCUGCAACUGGUGCUGCCACUGCUGCAACUGGUGCUGACACUGCUGCAGCUGGUGCUGACACUGCUGCACCUGGUGCUGCCACUGCUGCAGCUGGUGCUGACACUGCUGCUGCUGGUGCUGACGCUGCUGCUGCUAAUGCUGACACUGCUGUAAUUGGUUCUUCUGUGGCGGUCGCUGCUGUAGCUAAGUCUGCUGAAGUUGCUGCUACCUCUCUCUCUCCUCCCACACCUCUACAUCCCUCUCUCUCUCCUCCCACACCUCCAUAUGCCUCCCUUUCUUCUGCCAGACCUCCUCCCUCCUCUCGCCCUCCUCCCGUACCUCCUCCCUCCUCUCUUGCUCCUGUGGUACCUGCUGUGCCGGUCACCUCCUCCGUUCCUCCUCCCAUACCUCCUUCCACCUCUCUUCCUCCUCCCAUACCUCCUUCCUCCUCUCUUCCUCCUCCCAUUCCUCCUCCCUCAUCUCUUCCUUCUCUCAUACCUCCUCCCUCCUCUCUUCCUCCCCCCAUACCACCUGCCCCCUCUCCUCCUGCUCUCACCCCUUCUCCCUCCUCUCUUCCGCCUCCCAUGCCUCCCAUAGCUGUCGCUUCCCCAAGGGAGUCCCAAGGAGCCUCUUCAUCAUUCCCCAUUGUUAUAAGCUCCUCUGAAGAAACCCCUACCGAGCUAUCCCAGUCACCUCUUAAAAACUCGCAGUCGCCAGUCAAGGCUUCUAAAUGCGUUCUCGUGAACUCGCAGUCGCCAGUUAAGGUCUCCCAUUGCCUCCUCUUAAACUCGCAGUCGCCUCUUAAAAACUCGCAGUCGCCUCUUAAAAACUCGCAGUCUCCUCUUAAAAGCUCGGAGUCGCCUCUUAAAAACUCGCAGUCCCCUCUUAAAAGCUCGCAGUCGCCUCUUAAAAACUCGCAGUCGCCUCUUAAAAAGUCGCAGUCUCCUCUUAAUAACUCGUCCCAGUCUCCUCCUAAAAACUCCUCCCAGUCGCCAGGUGUCUUUAAAGACUCCACGUCAGCAUCAGAAGAGCACCUUCCCUCCAAACCGCUCCCAACCCCUCCUUCCCCCGCAUACCCUCAACCCCUCCCAUCGUCCCCACCCCCAUUCUCCCCAUCCCUCAACCAUCCUUUCCCCUACAGUUCCCCUCCCACACACUGCCGCCCAUCUCCUCACUUCUUCUCCCAGAUACUACCUCCCUCCCAAAUGCCACCUCCCUCCGAGAUACCACCUACCUCCAGGAUACCACCUUCCUCUCAGAUACCACCUCCCUCCCAAAUGCCACCUCCCUCUCAGAUAAUACCUCCUUCACAAAUGCCAACACCCUCCCAGAUACCACCUCCAUCUCAGAUACUGCCUCCCUCUCAAAAGCCACCUCUCUCUCAAAUGCCACGCCCCUCCCAGAUCCCACCUCCCUCCGAGAAACCACCUCCCUCCCAGAUACUACCUACCUUCCAAACGCAACCUCCUUCCCAAAUACCACCUCCCUUCCAGAUGCCACUGCCUUCUCAGAUAUCGCCUCCCUCCCAGAUACCACCUUCCUCUCAACUCCAUCCUGCUACCCUAAAUCCACUGUCACAGCAUCGCUUCGAGAUUUCCCAGCCGUGUUUUGGAAUCGCCCAGCCGUCAGCUCCCCUGGAAACACAGCCAUCGCCACACCCACCCGUCCAAUCCCAGCCAUACGUUCCUCUACAAUCUCAGCCGUCGCCACACCCACCCGACCAAUCCCAGCCGUCCGUUCCCCUGCAAUCGCAGCCGCCAGCACACCUACCAGUCCCCUCGCAGCCGUCUGCUGCGGAACAGUCGCCACAUCUACCUGUUCCGCAGCCCACAUCAGUGGCCAAACAAGCCGGCGGUGGAGAAGGAGGAGCAGCAACCGUUCCCCUGCAAACACAGCCGCCAGCUCACCUACCAGUCCCAUCCCAGCCAUCUGCUGCAGCAGAACAGUCGACACGCCUACUUGUUCCGCAGCCCACACCAGUCGCCAAACAAGCCAGCGCUGGAGGAGGAGCAGCAGCCGGAGUAGAGGUGGGAGGAGCAGCAGGAGCAGAAACAACAGCUGACGGCAUAAGAGCAUUUGUAGAAUCAGGAGCAGAAGAAGUUGAAGCAGAAGCUGCAGGAGCAGAUGAAGCAGCAGACGCAGAAGCGGCAGGAGCAGAAGCAGUAGCAGCAGAAGCAGGAGGAGCAGAAGCCAAAGCAGGAGCAGUAGGAGUCGCAGAAGCAGGAGCAGCAGAAGAAGAUGCAGCAGCAGCAGGAGUCACAGAAUCUACAGGAAAGGAAGGAGGAGCAGCAGUUUCAGGUGCGAUAGCAGCAGCAGCUAUAGAAGCAAGGCAACAAUAUUUGACUGUGCAAUCAGACGCGGAAGCAGGAGCAGAAGCAGCAGCAGCAGCGGCAGGUGGAGCGGCAGCAGUUAUAGGUGAGAUAGCAGCGGCAGGAACUGUGGCAGCAAGGCAACAAUGCCUACCACCCCCUCAAGAGAAAAUCGCUGAGCUUGGGAGCCCAUCGAAUGAGGAGGAGGAAGAGCAGAGCGCCAUGCAUGGGAGCCCAUCGUAUGAGGCGGAGGAAGAGCAGAGCGCCAUGCAUGGGAGCCCAUCGUAUGAGGCGGAGGAAGAGCAGAGCGCCAUGCAUGGGAGCCCAUCGUAUGAGGAGGAGGAAGAGCAGAGCGCCAUGCAUGGGAGGACCGAAGGGGAUGCGACAAGGUGGAUUACGAAUGGGAGUGCUUUGGUGGAGGAAGGGGAGGGGCUUGCGAAGAGAGGAUGGAGAGAGGAGGGAGAAGAGAUAAUAAGGAAUGGGAGUGAGAAGGAAGUGAAUGAUGAUAUCAAGCAUGGGAGUGCAUCUCUUGAAGAAGGGGAGGUGGUGGGAGGAGGCAUGGAGGGAAGCAGGGAGUGUAACACGCAGGAUGGUGGUAAUGGUAUAGAAAAUGGGAUAGAGGGAGAGAAAGAGACUCAUGUCAGUGCUGCUGACAGUGAUGCUAUUACUGCUGCUUCGGAUGCUGCUGCUGCCGAUGAUGCUAUUACUGCUGCUUUGGAUGCUGCUGCUGAUGAUGAUGCUAUUGCUGCUGUGUCUGAAGCUGCUGCUGCUGCCACUGCUGGUAACGCUGCUGCUCCUGCUGCUGAUACUACUGAUGCCAAUUCUGCUGACGGUGCUUAUACUGGCACUGGUGCUUAUGCUCUCGAAGAUGCUUAUAAAGAGGAUGAUGCAGAAGAGAUGGAGGAAGGAGAGGUCCAGGUUGACAGCUGCAGUCCCAUUGACACUGUGGAAGGGGACAUUAUAGCAGAAGCUGCUGUAGCAGGGGAUACCGUUACAAGGGAUACUGUAGCAGGGGAUGCCGUAACAAGUGAUACUGUAGCAGGGGAUGCUGUAGCAGAAGCUGCUGUGGCAGGGGGUGCUGUAGCAGAAGCUGCUGUAGAGGAAAGAGAGGUCCAGGUUGACAGCUGCAGUCCUAUUGACACUGCGGGAGGGGACAUUAUCGCAGAAGUUGCUGUAGCAGGGGAAAUGCACGAGGAAGGAGGGCAAGAGGAGGAGGUCGGUGCACAGUUGGUUAGGUUUGCGGUUGAGGAAGCUACAGCGGAGUUAUCGAGUCAAGAGACGGAUGUUGUGGGCGCAGGUAGGGAGAGUCAGAGCACUGAGGAAACGGAGAAUCUGGGACUUGCAUGAAUUGCGAGAUACUACGGGAUUGAGGAUACUGUAUCUCAAAGUUGCAGAUGGAGAACAAGAGGCUGGUUGGUGUUGAUGUUUGGCAUUUGCUGCAUUUAGACAAGUGUAAUCGGUACUGUAGGCAUGUUUUUCUUGAUUUUUGCAUCAAUAAAUCG